CACAUCGGCGUUGUCUCAAGAGUCGCUCGCCUUCCAGCGCAGUCAAAUGGCGCCGCUCCAGAGAGUCAGAACAGGCAGUCCGAUCAGCUGAUUUUCAUUAGAAGACAAAAACCUCUUCUUUUGGGAUUUCGUGUAUUAUUGGUCUUGAUGCGACGUCUCUGUGAGCUGUGAUUUCUUAAUAUAGCUGCGACAAAUGCUGCCUUAUAACGCUGUGCAUAUUUAUUCAUGAAGCUGAUAUCCUUCUAGUACCGGAUCGACAACUGAUAUUUAAACCCAAGCGUCCCAGAUUCGAGUACCAUGAGCAGCUCCCGCUACAAACCCAGCUGUGAUGUUGACCUGGUGCCCCUUCUGUCCUGUAAACUCUGCCUGGGAGAGUUUCCUGUGGAGCAGAUGACCACCAUCUCCCAGUGCCAGUGUGUGUUUUGUAGUCUGUGUUUGAAGCAUUAUGUUGACCUGCUCAUUAAAGAAGGCCUCGAAACGGCCAUUAGCUGUCCAGAUUCUGCCUGCCCGAAACAGGGACAAUUACUGGAAAAUGAGAUUGAAUGUAUGGUGGCUGAUGAGGUCAUGAAGCGUUACAAGAGACUCCAGUUUGAGCGUGAGGUGCUUUUGGAUCCUUGUCGGACCUGGUGCCCAUCCUCCUCAUGCCAAGCAGUGUGCCAGCUAAAGGAAGAUGACGUGCAAGCGGCGCAGCCGGUGCAGUGCCCUCAGUGCAGCCUGCGUUUCUGCUCGGCCUGCAGGGCAGACUGUCACACAGGUCAGGGGUGUGCGGAGAGCCUUCCUAUUACCACCUUCCUGCCUGGGGAAAAUAGUUCUAACCUGAAGAGUCAGGACGACGAGGCACCGAUCAAACGCUGUCCCAAGUGUAAAGUGUACAUAGAGAGAGAUGAAGGCUGCGCGCAGAUGAUGUGCAAGAACUGUAAACACGCCUUCUGCUGGUACUGCCUGGAGUCACUUGAUGAUGACUUCCUACUGAUUCACUAUGAUAAAGGACCCUGCCGGAAUAAACUGGGUCACUCCAGAGCCUCCGUCAUCUGGCAUCGGACACAGGUUGUAGGGAUCUUCGCUGGUUUCGGACUCCUCUUGCUGGUGGCCUCCCCCUUCCUUCUUCUGGCUACUCCCUUUGUGCUUUGCUGCAAAUGCAAGUGCAAACGUGGUGACGACGACCCUCUUCCUACCUAGAGGUCCUUUCCACCUUCAGGAGAUCACUUUCGGCUCAGUCCACUGAGGUUUACACCUCUGAGCUGUCUUUGUAGCUUCAGCUGGGGCGCUGAUGUAAGACUCGGGUCUUCCGUAUUAUCUUAGCUGAAAUUGAGAAGUGAGAAGCAGAUCAAGACACUAUGCAGGUCUGGCGUGUUUGGAGACCUUGUUUGAUGCAGGACACACUGGUUGUUUUAUAGGGUUUGCACAUUGUUAUGGCUUUCUUCAAUCUUUUACACAGGUUGUCUUGUAUCUUUCUGGAGCUCAUUAUUGACCUUUUUUUACUUUGUGUGACAUUAAAUGGACAGUUCACUUAAAAGCAUUCUGUCUUUUACAAGUGUUUAAACUACUUUUUUUAAGUUGACUGUAAAGGUAUAUUUUUGCUUCUGUUAACUAACUUUUGUGUCAAAUACAAAGGGAGUUAAAUCACAUGGAGGAUAAGCAAACAAACAGAAUUUUCUUAUUUUACAUUAAUAAUUUUACAUUAACUGUCCCUUUAAGGCUAACUAAAUGUAUUUUUGAUGUUGUUUAUCCUGGGAUACCACACACAUUCUUGUAGGAAUCUUUUUGGUAGCAUAGUAGCAUGUAUUUUUUGCAAAAUGUUUUAGUCAAACUGCAAAUGCAUGCCAGAGGCUGAGAAUAUUUUACUUGUUAGACAGGCAAAAACAAAACCAAGACUCCCAGACAGAAGAGCCUCUAUAGAUUUUACCACUUUCUUCUACCGUAUAGCUUAUGCUUGUUCUUCCAUUUGAUUCACUUUGCACCACAGAUGUAGCAAACAUGCCACCUGAUGCCUUGUCAGAGCUUGUAGGGGUUGGGUGCUACAGAAAGAUUUAUUAUCCUGGUUUCAGUUAAUCAGUCAGCAUUUCAACAUGUCAUAAAAAACAGGCAAAUAUUUUGUACCACUCUUCACAUUUGAACAGUCCUGAUUGAUGUCAUGUACAGAAAAAUGUUAAUAUUAUAUGUGUUGGUUUUUGUUUAUCCAAACUGUUGACCGUGACUCCAACCUGCAUUACCAUGUGCCUGCCAAUUUAGGGCAGAGUAAUCAGGUCAGUGAAGAUUAACUUUCUACAUUUCAGGUCAAGCUGAGAGUUGUUUUGCUAUUAUAUAUAUAUAUUAUAUAAUUUAUUUUAUUUAUUUUUCGGGAGUGAUGUUUCGGAUUGCCAAAUGUGACAUGUAAACCUGUGCGUUAUGUACGCACAUUAAUAUUUGUGUGUUUAGCACAUUAAUAUUUGGUUGAUGAAUGGGGAACACCUAGUUUUUGGUUGUUGUAUUUCCAUAAUUGCGCCUUUCGUUUUUUUCAUGUUUUGCACACUUUUGUAAGUGUAUGAAACACUUUGUAAGCAACUGUAAGGUAUAUCAUUUACAUGUUUUCUUGUUAAAUAUAUUAUUAUGCUUCAGUACAA